UAAGAAUCGCUAUACACCGCCCAUCCGCUCGACCGUGCCAAAUCAAGAGAAGCGGGUAACCAAUGCAGAGCCCAUACUCUAGCUAGGGUUUCUGCCCCUGUUCUUCUAGGUCGUUGUGACUCUUUGAUUUCAUUUCCAAGAGAAGUCGCACAUGUCGAAGCGCAAGUUCGGCUUCGAGGGCUUUGGCAUCAACCGUCCGGCCACUUACAACUUCGAGCGUUCUCAGGCACCAGCCCGCUUAUACGUGCCGCCUUCUUCCCGUCGCCGUGGCGGCGACAACUAUGAGGACCAGGACCUGGACAACAUCGAUUACGAUGGCGCCGAGCCCCGAACAGACGACGGUGAUGGUGCCAACGGUGGAGGUGAAGACUACGAAGGUGAGAUUGACCCACUCGACGCCUUCAUGGAGGGGAUCCAGGAAGAGAUCCGGGCCCCACCGCCUCCCUCUGUUGGGAAGGCUAGGGAGAAGGAUGACAGGUUCCUGGAUGACGACGAGGAUGAUCCCGUGGAGAGUUUUUUGAGAGCAAAGAAGGAUGUGGGGCUAACCCUAGCUGCAGAAGCUCUAAAUGCUGGAUUUAAUUCGGAUGAGGAAGUUUACGCUGCUGCCAAGGCUGUGGAUGCUGGGAUGCUGGAAUAUGAUUCGGACGAUAACCCGAUUGUGGUGGAUAAGAGGAAGAUUGAGCCUAUCCCGGCGUUGGACCAUAGUGCGAUUGAUUAUGACGCAUUCAACAAGGAUUUCUAUGAAGAGAAACCAUCCAUAUCUGGUAUGAGUGAGCUAGAUGUCACUGAAUAUCGGAAAAGCUUAGCAAUAAGGGUUUCCGGGUUUGAUGUACCAAAGCCAAUAAAGAACUUUGCAGAUUGUGGGUUUUCUAAUAUGUUAAUGAAUGCUAUUGCAAAGCAGAGUUAUGAGAAACCAACUCCAAUCCAAUGCCAGGCUCUACCAAUUGCUCUCUCCGGAAGAGACAUUAUUGGUAUUGCGAAAACAGGUUCUGGCAAAACAGCUGCUUUCAUACUUCCAAUGGUCGUUCACAUAAUGGAUCAACCUGAACUAAAAAAGGAAGAAGGCCCUAUUGGUGUCGUAUGUGCUCCUACAAGAGAAUUAGCACAUCAAAUAUAUCUGGAGGCAAAAAAGUUUGCAAAGCCACAUGGUUUGCGUGUUAGUGCUGUCUAUGGUGGAAUGUCCAAACAUGAUCAGUUAAAAGAACUGAAGGUUGGCUGUGAUAUUGUUGUUGCUACUCCAGGUAGGCUUAUAGACAUGCUGAGGUUGAAGGCCCUAACAAUGUUGAGAGCUACUUACCUUGUUCUUGAUGAAGCUGACCGGAUGUUUGAUCUUGGGUUUGAGCCACAAAUACGAUCAAUUGUGGGUCAGAUAAGACCAGAUAGGCAAACUCUACUUUUCUCUGCAACCAUGCCUCGCAAAGUUGAAAGGUUAGCUAGAGAAUGCCUCACUGAUCCUAUUAGAGUCACAGUCGGUGAGGUUGGGAUGGCUAAUGAGGACAUUACUCAAGUUGUUCAUGUAGUUGCUUCUGAUUCCGAGAAGAUGCCCUGGCUUAUCGAGAAGCUUCCUGGACUGAUUGAUAAUGGUGAUGUCCUUGUCUUUGCAUCAAAAAAGGUUACUGUGGAUGAAAUUGAAUUGCAGUUAAUUCAGAAAGGUUUCAAGGUAGCAGCACUUCAUGGUGAUAAAGAUCAGGCAUCCCGUAUGGAAACCCUGCAGAAAUUCAAGUCUGGAAUUUAUCAUGUUCUGGUUGCCACUGAUGUUGCUGCUCGUGGACUGGACAUCAAAUCAAUCAAAUCGGUAGUUAAUUUUGAUAUAGCUAGAGAUAUGGAUAUGCAUGUUCAUCGUAUUGGAAGAACAGGUCGUGCUGGUGACAAAGAUGGAACUGCUUACAGUCUCAUUACACAGAAGGAAGCACGUUUUGCGGGUGAGCUGGUGAACUGUUUGAUUGCUGCUGGGCAAAAUGUAUCUAAUGAACUUAUGGAUCUUGCUAUGAAGGAUGGAAGGUUCAGAGCAAGACGUGAUGCAAGGAAAGGUGGAAAAAAAGGCGGUAGAGGGAAGGGUGGCGGAGGAGGACGUGGCGUUCGUGGUGUUGACUUUGGUUUGGGUAUUGGUUAUAAUCCCGAGUCAACAAGUACUUCUCAGACUGCUGCUCCAAGUAGAUCUGCUGCUGUUAAUUCUCUGAGGACUGGGAUGAUGGCACAGUUUAGAAGUAACUUUGUUGCCGCUUCUUCUAAUUCCCAAAAUGAUGUUAGUAGAGCUUCAAGACCAUUGUUGCCUGGUUUUGUUUCUGGUGGUUCCAUUGGUGGAGAAACAUACAAGGCACCACAGGCAACCUCAAUCUCUGCUGCUGCUUCUUUGGGAGGAAGUUUUGUUGAAAAUGGAAGUCAGAAGAAGGCUGAGAGCUCCCAUGAUAAACCAAGGGAAAGGAAACGGCCUUCUGGGUGGGAUCGAUAGAUUUCAACGUGUAAUAUGAUAGAUAUUGUUAUGGAAAAUAACAUCUUGUAUUCUUGAUUUUUCUGAGUGAGCUUAUGUAAAAUCUAUGUCAACAUAUCAGUUAUUUAUUUAAUCCAAUGAGCUAUCUUUACAUGC